AUGACAGACACCGCAGGACACAGUCAGAGUGUAUGUGAGGGCACCGAUAACAAACUCAGUACCUUGUCAGACCUGGACCAGCACUACCACACUCUGCGCAAUUUCUACGAGAACUGCGAGGUGGUGAUGGGAAACCUGGAGAUCACCAGCAUCGAGAAAAACCGCAACCUCAACUUUCUCAAGUCAAUCCGUGAGGUGACCGGUUACGUCCUGGUGGCUCUGAACCAGUUCGACUAUCUGCCUCUGGAAAACCUGCGCAUUAUCCGUGGCACCAAGCUCUACGAAGGCCGUUAUGCUUUGGCCAUUUUUCUCAACUACAGAAGAGAUGAAUAUGCCGGUCUGCGUCAACUCGGACUCAACAACCUUACUGAGAUCUUGAAUGGUGGUGUGUAUGUGGAUCAGAACAAGUUCCUGUGUCACGUAGACACCAUCCACUGGCGGGACAUCAUGAGGAACCCUCAGGCUGAGCUGCUGGUGGUGCCGUCCAACAACAGCGGCUUUACAUGCAAACGGUGUCAUCGAUUGUGUAAUGGACGUUGUUGGGGACAGCAAGAGAAUCAGUGCCAAAUCUUAACGAAGACGGUGUGUGCUGAGCAGUGUGACAGUCGCUGUUUCGGUCCGUACGUCAGUGACUGCUGUCACCGCGAGUGCGCUGGAGGCUGUUCGGGACCAAAACACACCGACUGCUUUGCCUGUACGAAUUUUAACGACAGCAGCGCAUGUGUGACUCAGUGUCCCCAACCUUACAUUUACAACCCAACAACCUUCCAGCUGGAGCACAAUCCAAAAGUCAGAUACACGUAUGGAGCGUUCUGUGUCACGACAUGUCCACACAACUUUGUGGUGGAUCACAGCUCCUGCGUCCGAGCCUGCCCGAGUAACAAGAUGGAGGUGGAGGAGAACAAUGUCAGGAUGUGCGUCCCUUGUACUGACGUCUGUCCUAAAGUGUGUGAUGGAAUAGGGACAGGCAGUUUACACACGGCUCAGACUGUUGACUCCAGCAACAUUGACAAGUUCAUCAACUGCACCAAAAUCAACGGCAACCUGGUUUUCCUCAUUACUGGAAUUAAAGGAGAUAUGUUUCAUGGCAUCAGGGCCUUGGACCCAGAGAGACUCAGUGUGUUCCUCACAGUUAAAGAGAUCACAGGUUUCUUGAACAUCCAGUCCUGGCCGGAGAACAUGACGGACUUUGGUGUGUUCUCCAACCUUAGCAUUAUUGGAGGAAGGACGCUUUACAGUGGUGUCUCUUUGCUGAUCCUGAAACAGCGCUGGAUCACGUCACUGAGCUUCCAGUCUCUGCAGGAGAUCAGCGCCGGAAACGUGUACAUCAGCAACAACAGCCAGCUGUGCUUCUAUCACACUUUGAACUGGACCAGGUUUUUCCGCUCCGGCAGUCAGAGAGCACUGCUGAACAACAACAAGGACACGCAGCAGUGCAUCUCAGAGUACCGUGUGUGUGAUAAGCUGUGUUCGGAGGCAGGAUGUUGGGGUCCCGGUCCUGACCAGUGUGUGUCCUGUAGGUACUACAGUCGUGGGAGAACAUGUGUGAAGUCCUGCAACCUCUACCACGGAGAGUUUCGAGAGUUCAUCAAUGGAUCUGUGUGUGUGGCGUGCGACAGCCAGUGCGAGAAAUCCGGAGAUAGAACACCGACCUGCCACGGCCCGGGUGCAGAUCAGUGUAUGAAGUGUGUUCAUGUCAAAGACGGCCCCAGCUGUGUAGAGAAAUGUCCUGAUGGGCUGCAGGGUGCCGACAGCUUCAUCUUCAAAUACGCUCACAGCAACAAGGAGUGCAGACCCUGCCAUGCCCACUGCACCCAGGGAUGCACUGGACCUCGUAUUCAAGACUGCAUUGGAAUGAUGGACAGGACUCCGCUGAUUGCAGCUGGCGUGAUCGGGAUGAUGUUCGUGCUUGUGAUUGUGGCGCUCAGUUUCGCUGUUUAUAUCAGACGCAGGAGCAUCAAGAAGAAAAGGGUGUUACGACGCUUCCUGGAAUCCGAGCUCCUGGAGCCUCUAAAAGCCAGUGGAACAGCAGCGCUGAAUGAGGCUCGGCUGCGCUUACUCAAGGAAACUGAACUCAAGAGGAUUAAGAUCCUAGGGUCUGGAACCUUCAGUACUGUUCACAAGGGCUUCUGGAUACCUGAAGGCGAGAGUGUAAAAAUCCCAGUGGCUAUAAAGGUCCUAAAUGAAACGACAGGAUUGAAAUCCAAUGCAAAGUUUCUUGAAGAGGCUGUGAUGAUAUCCAGCAUGGAUCACCCGCACCUGCUGCGCCUGCUUGCGGUGUGUGUGAGCCCGAACGUGCAGCUGGUGACCCAGUUCCUGCCCCACGGCUGCCUGCUGGAUUACAUUUACGAGCACAAGGACAAUGUUGGCUCUCAGCUGCUGCUCAACUGGUGUGUGCAGAUCGCCAAGGGUAUGAUGUACUUGGAGGAGAGAAGAAUGGUCCAUAGAAACUUGGCUGCUCGUAAUAUUUUUGUGAAAUCCCCAAACCAUAUCAAGAUCACAGACUUCGGGCUUGCUCAACUUCUGGAUGCUGAUGUAAUGGAGUACAAUAAAGAAGAUGACAAAAUGCCUAUCAAGUGGAUGGCUCUGGAGUGUAUACACUACAGAAAGUUUACACACCAGAGUGAUGUUUGGAGUUAUGGAGUGACCGCAUGGGAGUUGAUGACCUUCGGAGCAAAGCCAUAUGAUGGUGUCCCCAAUCGUGAUAUGCCGGAUAUUUUGGAGAAAGGAGAACGUCUGGCUCAACCUCCAAUAUGCACCAUAGAUGUUUACAUGGUCAUGGUCAAAUGUUGGAUGAUCGAUGCUGACAGUCGGCCCAGGUUUAAAGAGCUCGCUUCAGAAUUCUGCAGGAUGGCGAGAGACCCUCAGAGAUAUCUAGUCAUCCAGGGGGAUGAUUGCUUGAAGCUGCCCAGUCCCAACCACAGUAAAUUCUUACACAGUCUUUUUGAUGAGGAUGAACUUGGGGAUGUUAUGGACGCUGAGGAAUACUUGGUUCCUCAAAACCUAAAUGCUCAUCCAUCUAGUCCUCAUUUGGACUUCAGUCAGGUGAAACUCAUUAUCCAUGGACUGAGUGAUGCAAAAAUAGGACCACAGAGUUGUGAGGCAGCCACAUCAUCUGGUGAACUGUUUUUCACUGUGAGGCCUGGCAAAGACGAGCAGCUCUGUCAUGGAAAGCUGAAGAACAAGCACAGCACUAACUUCGUGGAGGACAGCAGCUGUCGACAUUACAGUGCAGACUCUGCUGCAUUCCUGAAAGAAAGAACACAGAGAAAAAGAAGUGCUGGGGAGGAUGGUUGUGUGGCUGCCAAGAACGACAAGAGUUCCUCAGAGCCUAUUGAGGAGAACCCUUUCAUCACACACCAGAAAAACAGAGAGAUUCAUGCACUUGAUAACCCAGGUUACCAUGGCAACUCUGAUGGACAGCUUAAGACUGAGACUGAGAGCAUUGGCUCUCCUCAACAGCACAACUCAAAUGAGAUGAACCAGGAGACCCUUAAGAAAAACUUAGUUUCUCUUUCUCUGUUGUCAAGAACAAAAAGCAGGACUACAAACAGCCAUGGCAGCCUGACCUCUCAAACCGAGAGACCCCAUGUUCACUUUACGCUUCCACCGGUUCAGUCUCCUUUAAGUGGACCAAUGAGUCAAAACGGCCACCAACUCCAUUCAGGUCAUGCUCUAUCUACUGAUUAUCCCAGCAAGUGCAUUCUUGCUUCAGUAACAGGACAAAUAUGUCACCACCAAAUCCAGCCUGGUUCUCCUGGUUCUGCGCGCAAACUUGACGGUAGUAAAAGUAGUUCCGGGGCCCUACCAGGUCAUAUUAUCUUUCAAAGCAGCACAAUACAACCAAGUCAUGCUGGAACAAACAAGAAGCCUUUUCACACAAACAAUCCAGAGAAGCGCCAUCACAGCCUUCCGUCCAGCGUUUUGCAGCAUCCUCCAGAUCCCUCACUGGUCUGCAGGAACAGUUUCAUCUACAAGCAGAAUGGACGUGAGAACCCUGAGAACCUGUCAGAGUCUAGUAUGAAGCCAGGAUCAUUUUUGCCUCCUCCACCAUACAGGCACAGAAACACUGUAGUGUAACAUCUCGAGCAUUUAUGUUUCUCAGAACAUGUUAGAUAUAUUGCUUUUUUUUCCUCAGCAGUACCUAGAACAUACUGUAUCAUGCUCUUAAGAAAAAAGAAUAACGUAUUCCUCAGAAUGAUCAAAUAAGAUAAUGUAUAGUCUAUCAGACUUUUGUACCUCUCCUUCAUUCUGUUUGUGGAUAACAUUAAACACUUUAUAAAUUCUGGAAGAUAUCGGAUGCUUUUAUAGUAUAUUUUUUAGAAAACUGAAGGCACCAGAUUGUUUACACAUCACUCUUAUAUAAUGAAAAGUAAUAAAAGUACCUGGAAAUAUAUUUUUUUCAUGCUACUUGAGAGCGUGUGUGCUGUUCGGAGACAGCAAAGCCUUAAUCAAGAGGCAGGUUAAUCCUCCCUGACUCACUCUUGAAGGUUAUUUAAUAAAAAUCAUAGAGCGCUGAGACUUUUCUAAGGCGGAAGCAUAAAUACAGAAAGUCUCACUGUUGGGUUUUUAAAAAGUGGUACAUAAUUAAAUGUUUUUUGUUUUUUGUUUUUUCCUUUUCUCUCAGUGUUGUAAAUCUAUGUAUAACAUGCUGUAUUAUUCCUGGUUGUGGACUGGCACAGUGUCUUU